AUGAGCUUGAAAGAAGUAUUCGAACAACAUCCAUGGAGGUCAUUUAAGAAGUUCAAUGAAGCUGCAAAGAGUUGGGGAUUUACUAACAGAGCUGAAGUGAAAAGGUUCUUUGACAAAAAUGUUGUACAUCAAACAAAAAUAAACCCUUACGACUACUUUUUACCAAUUUACUCCAACACUCCUGACGCAUACCAAUUUGACACUCUCAUUCAAAGCAGAAAAGGAGGACAUAAACCAUUCCUCAUCUUCAUAA